CAUUAUGUACCUUCUCUCUCUUCUUCCUCUUCCGGUCAUCCCCUUUGCCCUGCGCCGCCGCAACUCCGGGCUCCCUCCGCCGCUGCUCGAAUGGGCAAACUGAGCCGAAUCCCCUCAGUAUGCUCACAACCUGCGCCGUCUCUGCCUUUUCCUUGGCACGCCGCCGCAUCCGCGGGCACCCUCCGCCGCCGCUGGAAGUCUCGAACAGGCUAACCGAGCCGCCCCCAGCUCGAUGCUGUUCGCGUUCUCCGGCGACCUCAUCCCUCUCAACCGCCUCCAGGAAGGACUUCAAACGGGAGGUGCCAUCAGCAGGUGCGUUGCGGUCAAUCAGCACUCGUCCCCCAUGGCCACCUGAAUGAUGAAAGGAAGGGCCAUGAAGAGAAGAGAAUGUUGGCCGUGCUAGCGGCACCAGCGCGGUUGAAAGGUUUAGUAAUUGUAUCGAGGGCCUGCAAUUCUUGCAUCUGGUACCUAUUACUCUAAAAUAAAUCGUUAUCUAGCGGCACCAGCUGUAUUCAGGACUGAGGGGGCUGGUGUUCCGUAGGAGAGGUGGUCUUCGUUCCUUGGAAAACAUCUGGUCAACGAUGCAUGCUUGUGUAGAGCAGAACGUAAAGAACGUCUUGCACACGGUGCUUCGGGUAAUCAGUUCCACAAUCUGGCCAAGCAUGGGAUGCACGGCAAGCCUCAGCAAUCACUUUCUUUUGAACAUUCAACAAGAUCAACAGACUAUAUAGUUAAUAUGUGUGUCUUGGUCUUGAAGCUUCACCUACACUACACCUACACAAGAUGGGCCUUCUCCUUGCCCUGGAGCUGCUGCUGUUGCUGCUUGCCUUGCCACGCCUUUUUUGUGCCUCAACUUUUACGCGGUCACCACUAGAUCGGGAGGCAGAAGCACUUCUGCAAUGGAGAUCUAGCGUAGGCGAUGGAUGGCCCUAUGAUCUGGAAUCAUGGAAAAAGGGAACCAGCCCCUGUAACUGGACCGGCGUUACAUGCAGCACCACCAUGCCUCAUGGCCGUGACCAGGGUGAUGCUGUCUUAGUUGUGUCUCAAAUUUCUCUUAAGUGGUAUUACAUUCGUGGCAGUUUGGACGGUCUUCGAUUUGAAGACUUGCCUCAUCUUGUUUAUCUGGACCUCAGUUAUUCCAUUUUGUCUGGCCCAAUCCCAUCAAGCAUUGGUGCUCUUGCCGGGCUCUCAUUCUUGGAUCUAUCCAAGAAUUACGACCUCAAUGGAUCUAUCCCACCAUUAACAGGCUUGCCUCGACUCGCCCAUCUUGACCUCAGUAGCAAUGCUCUCUCGGACGAAAUCCCAUCAAGCAUUGGCGCUCUUGCCAACCUCUCUUUCUUAGAUCUCUCCAGAAAUACCAUAUCCGGAAGCAUCCCACCAUCCAUUUGUAAUCUAACAAAACUAACCUCCCUCGAUCUCUCUUACAAUUUGUUGUCUCAAGGAUCCAUGACUUGUACAGUAGGCACACUAGGCAACUUAAAGAAGCUGUAUUUAAGCCACAACAGCUUAACUACUGGGCUGAUACCAUCCGAUUUGGUAAACCUGGCUAGUCUAGAAUCCUUAGAUCUUUCCAACAAUCAUAUCACUGGGUCUAUUUCUAGAAGCAUUGGAAAUCUAACGAGUCUAGAAUUCUUAGAUCUUUCCAACAAUCAAAUCAUGGGUUCCAUUGGAAGCAUAGGGAAUCUAACGAGUUUACGAUACCUGGAUCUUUCUAACAAUCAAAUACAUUGUUCCAUACUGUUGACCUUUUCAAAAUUGACCUCACUAGAAACACUGGCACUUGAGUCCAAUCAGCUUAAUGGCAUAUUACCACCAGAGUUAGGGUCUCUUGUUCAUCUCUCACAUCUGAAUCUAAGUAGCAAUCAAUUUGUAGGAACCAUUCCACCUCAGAUAGGACACUGUCGAUCUUUAUCGUCGUUGCUCAUAUCAAACAACUUAUUGACAGGACAAAUACCACAAGAACUUGGGUAUCUUGGAGACCUAUAUGAGCUGGAUUUGAGUAGAAAUAAUUUAAGUGGUGCCAUCCCAGAGACUUUUUCCCAUCUUAACCAAUUGUAUAUGUUAGAUUUGUCAUAUAACAGUUUGUGUGGCACAAUUCCUACAUAUAUGUCUGCACCCUUGAUGUCACUUGACCAUAAUAUGGAUUUAUGUGACAAUGUGUAUAAUUGCACACCGCGAUGUGAAGCACCGAAGCUCGAUAAAGAACAACAAGACAUGAAACAUCUAAGGAUGCUCCUUCCUGCUGUUUUUGUUCCCUUUUGCUUUACAUGCCUCAUAGCAAGCAUCACGAUUGUCUGGCGGAGAAGAAAACUCAUGAAAACUACUAGUGAGAGAAAGUAUGGAGAUAUAUUUUCCAUAUGGAAUUUCGAUGGGAAGAUCGCAUUCGAAGACAUACUCAGUGCAACAGAAAACUUCCAUCAGAAAUAUUGCAUUGGCAUUGGAGGGUAUGGAUCUGUCUUCAGAGUUGAGCUCAAAGGUGGGAUUAUCUUUGCUGUCAAGCUUCUCCACUCGAUGGAAGAAUACAGCGACGAAGGAACAUUUCACACCGAGAUUGAAGUCUUGACGAAAAUCAGGCACCGGUGCAUCGUCAAGCUGUACGGCUUCUGUUCCCACUCCCAGUGCAAAUUCCUGGUGUACGAUCUUAUCGAGAGGGGGAGCUUAUCGUCCAUUUUGCAUGAUCAUGAGCUAGCGAAGGAGCUGGAUGGGCCCAAGAGAGUUGCUGUUGUGAAGGACGUAGCUCAAGCUCUCUCCUACUUGCACCAUGAUUGCGAUGACCCAAUUGUGCAUCGUGACAUCAAAAGCAGCAAUGUCCUUCUAGACCUAGAUUUCAAAGCUCAUGUCUCAGACUUUGGCAUGGCGAGGAAGCUGAAGCACGGUUGCUCAAGCUGGAGCACUAUCUUUGCAGGGACAUGUGGCUAUAUAGCCCCAGAACUGUCAUCUACUAUGGUGUUGACAGAGAAGUGCGACGUGUACAGCUUCGGCGUGAUUGCGCUGGAAGUUGUGAUGGGAAAGCACCCAGGGGAUCUGCUCCUUCCAUUCUUUUGCCGAACAGAGCAGACAACAAAGCUCAAGGAUAUCCUAGAUCAACGCAUCGCAGCACCGUCAACAGUCGAUGAGAAGGAUGUUAUUUUGGUUGCUCUGGUGGCCUUUGCCUGCCUGCAAGUCUGCCCGAAAGCCCGGCCAACAAUGCAGCAGGUAUAUCAAGCACUCGAAAACAGAAGCCACUGCCCAGCAAUCAUCCUCAGGCCCCUCGAUGAAAUCAGGCUGCAAGAUCUGCAUGAUUGUUGUGGCACCAUAAAGAAUAUUUGAAGCUAUCUAGUCUGGCAAUUGUAUAAUUGGUCUGCUUAUUUGUAUCUUGUGUCUAGAUUCUGACGACAGAAGGAUGCAAGGAAGAAUAGCAUGCUAGCACUGAACAACAGGAGGCCCACAUGAAUACUAAAGAAAACAUAACCUCUAUAUGUUGAUCCAAUGCAUUUUGUCUCUUGUAAUUUCCCUUUUCUUUCGAAAUUGCAAAAAUGUGCCGAAAUCUCUUGCUUAUGAGGAUAAUAAUAUAUAUUCCCCUUAUGACAGUUCA